AUUUUAAGGUUUUAAAAAAAGAAAUUGAAAAAACAAAAAAAAGCUCCGUCGCCGGGACUCGAACCCGGGUCUCUCGGGUGAGAGCCGAGUAUCCUAACCAGCUAGACUACGACGGAAUGUUGCCUACUGAUGACUUAAAUUUUAUAUAGCACACUACUGGUAUAGUCGAGAAGGUUGUGCGGUAUCUCUUCUAUCCGUUGCGUAGCAAGGUUUUGUCUUUCGUGUAUGGUUCCGGGAAGGAAAAGGGGAAGUGGAUUGUUUUCAUCGGCGAUAAGUCUCUUCUCCUCUGGGAUUGAGGUUGGUGGUGUGAGGUAAAGCUUCGGUAGUUAGAGAUGAAUGCGUCCGGCUUAACUGUUACUCCGCCCAGAUUUCACUUUCGAUGGCGUUCUGAUCGUUUUGGUACAUCUCAGAGAAGCUCUCAAGCUUUUACUGUUCUUAGCAAAUUGAAUAAUCGAAAUUCCGCUUGGCCUGUUCUUAAAAGUUCUCGUUUGGCGCUUCCUACACAAAGAAGAAAUGCUAUGAUCACUCGUGCCAUGAGUGCUUCCUUUGGUGAUAUGGCAGACGAUUCAGCUGCUAUCUUCCCUCGGAUCAAUGUCAAAGACCCAUAUAAACGGCUUGGGAUAAGCCGGAUGGCCUCAGAGGAUGAGAUUCAAGGAGCGAGGAACUUUCUCAUUCAGCAAUACGCAGGGCACAAACCCAGUGUUGAUGCAAUCGAAUCAGCUCAUGACAAGAUUAUCAUGCAGAAGUUUCAUGAGAGGAAAAACCCCAAGAUUGACAUAUCGAAAAAGGUUCGCCAAGUGAGGCAGUCCAAAGUUGUCAACUUUGUUUUCGAGAGAUUCCAAACUCCUCCCAAUGCAGUCCUUGUCAAAACAGCAGUCACGUUUGCAGUUCUUGGCGUUCUAACCGUUCUGUUCCCGACAGAAGAAGGACCGACCUUGCAGGUUUUGUUAUCACUAAUAGCUACCUUUUACUUCAUCCACCAAAGGCUCCAGAAGAAGCUCUGGACUUUCCUUUACGGAGCGGGAGCUUUCAUCUUCUCGUGGCUGGUUGGGACUUUCUUGAUGGUAUCUGUGAUCCCACCGUUCAUCAAAGGACCAAGAGGUUUUGAAGUCAUGUCUUCGCUCCUAAGCUAUGUUUUGCUUUGGGUCGCUUCGAGUUACCUCCGGUAGCGUGCUAGCUUUUUUCUUUUCCCCGUCUUUUGGGCCAGAAAUUCAAGUGUUAUCUCGGAUAUAUGAAAACACACGAACAGAGAAAAAAUGCAUCAUUUUCAUGUGACAGAGAGAGAGAGAGAGAGAGAGAUAUGAUUUGUGGUCUUGGAGUUGUUAUUUCACGGAGACCUCAUUAACUUUCAAAGCUCAGUUUCCAAGUUGUGGCUACAAACAAAGAAUAGUAAGAGUUGAUUACGGAAAUUAGUCGGAUACUAGUCUGAUUUCAUAGGAAUUAGGAAACAUGGCCUCAUAGCACAUCAUGUGCUGUCUCAUACAUAAUAACUAUGGCUGCAUGAUUUUGUCCAUGGCCUCAUUAUAUGUGCAUGGCCCUCUUAUUUAUUUCUGUGUCUAAUUUAUGUAUAUCUCCACCGAAAUAAUAAACAUUUUAGAUCAAAACCAUUUGUCAGCCUCACGAUUAAUUUUUUUCU